UUCAGAAUUUUGGAGAAUCGCUUCGUUAAGCGCGGUGGGAGAGAAGAAACGAAGGGAAGCGAAAGAGAGAGAGAAAGAGAGAGAGUGAUUUUGUGGUGCGGUGCGGCAGGGAAGAGAAGGAGAUGGGGACGAGAGAGGUUUACGAAGAGAAGCUACGGAGAGGAAAUCUCUACCACGAGCCCACCAUCAAGCCGGGACUCGGUUCCCCUCGCUGCCCUCGCUGUCUUUCUCUGAUCGACUCUACCUCUGGCAAGGAAGAGUGGACUAUAACUUCCGUUUUACAUGAUGCCACCUCUGUCGCUGGUUCAGGAAUUGGUGGACUGCUUAGUGCUAUUCAUGGUUUUAAUACAGGCAUCCCAUACCUUCAGAAUCAUGUGAAAGGACCAAAAUGGGUUCCUUUUGUAGUUGGGAUUCCUCCUCUGCUACUGUUUUCGGGUGCCAGUGCUGCAUUUGGAGGUUAUGCGCUUCCAAAAUUUGCUCAACUCAGUGUCACUUCCUAUUAUGCUGCCUCUAGUGCCUCUCACUAUGGAAUAUCACUUCUCACUCGACGUAUUGAAGAGGCCCACACUUCCCGCACUGGGCAAGAAAGUCUCAGAUGAUUUUUUGCAGGUGCUCAUAUUAAUACAUCUACCAUUUUCUUAUCUCCUUCCAAUUUUGUACGUAGUGUUAUAUAUGUCUUCAAAGACACAUUAAGUUAUAUAUAGGAUUGUUCUUCACUUUUUGCCUUCAAUGCUCACAUUUUUUUUAUUUUUUUUAAUGACAUAUUUUGUAAAUGAGUAAAGUUAUUUCAUUAAGAUGAUUUGGGUUUUGGGCUCCCUUUCAA